GUACCCCACACGACCACUUAGAGCAACAACGAAUCAUAACAACCGAUGCAACCAGGAUCAGAUUGCAUCCAGAGGCCUCCCAUCAAGACAAUCGCGAGCCAUAACAACUGACGACAACGGCUGACCACGCGACAUCAUUCAAAGGAACCCGAUCUGGAAACAACGCGACCGUACGGAUAACAAGGAAUCUGCUGACGCGAGAUACCGACAUUAUAAAAAGGCAGGGAACAGAAGAUAGCAUUUAGUCUUAGUAUGAACGUUGAUGUGUAAUCUUUAAAUUUAGCGAAAAUAAAUUUAUUUUUUAUAUUGUAAUCGCCACUUCGGUCAUUACUGGCGCAGUCUUUGUGAAAGUGUUGUGUAGUGCUGCUUCCUGGGAAACCAUCCGCGAAAGGACAUCGCUGGAGUUACGGGAGCUGCCGAACAACUCACGGAACCACGCUCAUCGAUAACAUUAACAGACUCCGGGAAUGAGGUUACUGAUACUAAUAAUACUCAUCAAAACAAUAAGCACCACCAACUAUAAAGAAAUAACGAACAGCAAUGGAUUGGUUGCGUUCAAGAUCAAAACAGCAAGGAUUAGAAUCGGAUAUGACAGAAUGUUGCAUAGAAUCAACCUAAAUACAUUAAAUGACAAUAUAGAAAACAUAGAAAAAAUCAUGAAAUCGUUUGAAACUAUAGAACACCUAGAGCAAACACUACUAGAAAAAACCAAACUAGCAAAAGAUAAACUCAGGAGCCUCCUACCACAUAGAAUAAAAAGGGGACUUAUGAACGCAUUAGGAACAGCCAUUAAACUCAUCACGGGAAACCCUGAUAACGAUGACCUAAUAGUCAUGCAUCAAAGUUUGGGAAUAUUAAAAACACAAGGAGACAAAUUAGUGAACAAUCAGAUGAAACAAAUCCAGAUCAAUGAACUUUUUCAAAAUAAAUUGAAUAAUAUUACAGACUCUAUUAGUAAAAUUGAAUCAAAAAUUACUAAGGAAUACAACACAGUACAGGGAAUAAAAACAGAUUUAGAAUUCGUCAACCUUAUCUGGAAUAUGGACAAAAUUAUCAGCAUAUUAGAGGACAUCGAGGAGCAAGUAGAAUUUUCUAGAGUAGGCUUGAUAAACAAAAACAUACUCUCAUUGGUGGAAAAACAGUUAAUUUUAGACAGGCUUAAGACACAAACAAUAAAGCUAAAUUACUUAGACGAAAUUUUCCAAUAUACCUCAGCGAGUGUCGGUAUCAGCAACAAUCAAGCAGUCAUAUUAAUAAAGACCCCCAUUUUGGAUAAAAAGACGUACGAUUUGUUAGAAAUCCAUACUUUGAGAGUUAACAAUUCACGGAUCGAUACGAACAUCAACCUGGUAACGAAAUAUGGCAACACAGUUUAUUACCAACCAACAGAAUGCGAUAUUUGCGAUGGAAAUAACCUAAUUGAGGACGAUUGCAUCUAUAAAAUAUUAACUCACCAAACACCCAAAUGCUCGUUUGUAAAAUCAAAACAAACAACACAAAUCAAAGAAGUCAAGCAAGGAAUCAUCCUGAUCGACACAACAGAAAUCGUAGAAGUAAAAGACUCUUGCGGAGAUUCAAGGAUGGUUAGCGAUGCCACAAUAAUCGAAACCGAAAACUGUACCGUCAAAAUACGAAAUUUCACAUUUUUUGGACAACCUGACGUAACCUACCAGCAAGAAUACCUGAUCCCAAUAUACAGCAAGCCCCUCCAAAAUGGAAAUUUUACGGAUCUUGACGAUGAAAACGUCAUGCUACGAAUACAGAACUUGGAAGAACUCAAUGAAGUUCAACUUUACUUGAACACCACACAACACCGGGUAACAAUUGGAGGUACAACCCUCCUCAUAAUAACAUUUAUCUGUUUCUUUUCUGUAUAUUUCUACAAAAAAGGUAAUAAAAGAAAUGAAGUAACCAAAAAUCCGCCAGAACCUCUCGUGGCUACUCAGGUGGACGAAACUGAAAACAACGGAAGUAUUCCAUUAUCCCUACUUCCGGGGAAGAAGGCAGAGCAAAAAUGCAUCCCGAAACCAUGGAUCGAGCUGCCGAAACUUCAAUCGAGGACGCUUGAAACUUAGGGGGGAGACGUUACGACCAGAUGUACCCCACACGACCACUUAGAGCAACAACGAAUCAUAACAACCGAUGCAACCAGGAUCAGAUUGCAUCCAGAGGCCUCCCAUCAAGACAAUCGCGAGCCAUAACAACUGACGACAACGGCUGACCACGCGACAUCAUUCAAAGGAACCCGAUCUGGAAACAACGCGACCGUACGGAUAACAAGGAAUCUGCUGACGCGAGAUACCGACAUUAUAAAAAGGCAGGGAACAGAAGAUAGCAUUUAGUCUUAGUAUGAACGUUGAUGUGUAAUCUUUAAAUUUAGCGAAAAUAAAUUUAUUUUUUAUAUUGU